AAACACAUAUAUCGAGCGGAGAGAGACACCUUCAGGCAUUCUUAGUCCAGUCAGCUGGUUGCUCCCUUGUCUUCAGAACUUCGCAAGACGUUGAGACAAUGAGUAUCAAGGGGCGUUUACCGUGGGUAGUUACUCUCGUCGCCGUCCUGGUUUCCUUCGGCACAGUGGUAUCCCCAUGGUCCCUUCCCUCACCGUUGGUCGACCUUUAUCAAUCCUGGUUCCUGUAUCCCACGUCUCCAUCGCCACCUGAAGAGAGCCCUAAGGAGACAACCGAGGGCCCUACCACUCCUGUAGGGAAAGCGUCUCCAGGAGACCUUCCCGGGACGUCGACGCCUACUGUAGCCUCCAGACGAGAGCGAUGGAGGAGGUCGGGCGAAGGAGGGGCUGAGGAUCAGGACGAAGGUACUUGCGUCGCGGACCUGAAGGAGAGGAUACUGCAGCAGGCGACCCGGACGAUGAUUGUGAUUGACGAGUUUAAGGGCGAGUAUACCAGAGACAAGUACAACAUGACCUGGGACAAGGCCAGCGCCCACUUCGCCGACGUGGCCAGCGACCCGACCUACCUCGUGGCGUGCAACGAAGAGCAUGACUGCCUGAUGGUGCUCCCCUCGCUGCCCUCCACGCUCCCUCUCCCCCCCACCGACGACGAAGGGACCAAGGCGAUCCUGACGGAGCUCUCGGGAUACUGUCGCCAAUAUUGCGAGGCUCUGAACCAGAUCUUCCUGGACGAGUCGCUCUUCGAGGAAAAGUUCAAGGAGCACUUCGACGCGGCCCAGCGGAACAUGGAGUCCUUGGCCAACCUGCUGGUGAAGGGCGUUGACCUGUGUGACGGCUCUCCGGAUAACGAGUUGGUGAGGGACAUGAUUGACAUGAUCUACAGGAUGGAAGAUGAAGACAUGAGGAAGCGAAGAGGGUUCGGCACGAUCCGCCAGUGCCUCCUCGGACUUCAGUACAUCAUAGACAUCUUCUCCGCUGCGACGUACUAGGCGUGUGAGGCAGAGAGGUACAGGUGCAAAGUGUGCUUCCGUUAAUGAUUUUUAUCUUUGUGAUGUAGCUCAGAACGUUAUUUGUUAAUAAAAAUCUUAAAAGUAGGUAUAGGCGUUUGCGUGUGUUAUUACGAUUAUUAAUUUUAUUAUUGUUAUUGUGUGUGUGUGUGUGUGCGUAUGUGUGUGUUGUACAUGUGUGUGUGCGUGUGUGUGUACAUGUGUGUGUGUGCGUGCGUAUGUGUGUGUGUGUGUGUUCUUAUGUUUGGUGUAUACGAGUAUAACACCUGGUGAUAUGCAUAUUACUUCACCAAAAAUCAUUUUCUCUGUUUUAACUGUGACGAAUACCCGGCUGAUGCUUAUUCUCGCUCAGAUAACUAUCACAUGUUAUCUUCUGAAUGACGGUUUCACCAUUCCCACACUCUAAAUGGAUGAAAUAAAAAACAUGGCAGAUUCAAGGUGGGAGAAAUCUAUGAUUUUUCCCUGUUCGUUGUCUCAAAUGUCUUUUCAUGAAGCUAUGGCAUACAUAUUAGUUCCAUGUGUAGCUUUACUCAUUAAUGUUAUGUUUUUUACGUAUACUUUGAUAAUAAAGAUAAAAAUCUAA